GGUAAUGUGCCAGAACUCUGAAGACGCGGCCACACUGGAUAUUAACUUCCCGCGAGUUAAAUAUUGUAGACUAAUUUGUAUAUGUUUUGGAACAUAUUAAUAGAAAACAACUACUUUUUAGUGACCUAUCAAUGGUCACCUGUGAUUUCACCAUGGAUGUGGAGAACAACAACAAUACACGGUUUCCUGAAUUGGAACCGGCAAAAUCCGCAGAAAAGCGAAAAAAUAAUGGCACUACGGACGUAGCACCAAGCGAAAGUAAACGUUUAAAAGGCAACGAUGUGAAAGUGGACGUUCCUCCUCGCCCGCCGCCCCAAAGUCCUAAAAAACGUAUUUAUCUUAAUGGAGCAAACCAAACAAACAAAUCGAAGCAUGAUAAGAAUCUGAACUUCGUUUAUGGUAACUACAAACACUAUUAUGGCAAGCGCAUCCUAGACAAGGAUUUUCAUGACAUACGUCUAGAUGUCCUAGCUACCCAACCAGAUUUGUUGCGUGACAAGCAGGUUUUAGACAUAGGCUGCAAUUCGGGACACCUCUCUAUUCAAAUUGCUCGGCAGUUUCAAGUCAAAACACUCGUAGGCAUGGACAUCGAUCAGGGUCUAGUCAAGGCCGCACAAAGCACGAUUUAUAACCUGAAAAGACAAAUGAAUUCUGGUCCGGGAUUUCCCCACAAUCUUAGGUUUUUGCAGGGUAAUUAUGUCCUAGAGGACGAUGUGCUGCUGGAGAUUGAGCGCCCGCAGUUCGAUGUGAUACUCUGUCUGUCAGUGACCAAGUGGAUUCACCUUAAUUUUGGUGAUGCUGGGCUGAAGCAGGCGUUCCGCCGUAUGUUCCUACAGCUUCGCCCAGGCGGCAAGCUAGUUCUAGAGCCUCAAGCCUUUGAUGGAUACAAACGGCGUAAAAAGCUAUCGGAACAAAUUAGGGAAAAUUACAAUAAUAUUAAAUUCCGACCUGAACAUUUCACCGAAUAUCUACUAGGUCCAGAAGUGGGCUUUGCAUCCAUGGAUCUCAUGGGUAUACCAGAGCAUUGUGAGGCUGGAUUCAAGCGACCUAUUGAGAUAUUUACCAAGCCUACUGGAAGCAAAGAAUCAAAUACAAACUGUGAUUAAGUUAGGGAUCCACAAUCCCUAAUAAGCGUUAAUAAAUAGGAAAACAAAUAAAUCGUUUAAUUAUGAAUAAUA